UCGAUAUUGCAGAGUUCCGAAGCUACGUUCAUUGCACAUAACUUUUAUACGUACUCCGUAAAUUAGUCUCCAUAAACAUCCGAGUUCCAAUGUUAUAAGAAUACCUUGUAAGACAGACAUCAAAGGUACCGAUAAAAGUUUCGUCCCUGUGAGAUAUUUUAUGGUAUAAUCCCGUUACCUAUUAUGAUACAUGGAUUCCGAUUUGCUCCAAGUUGGUACACUCCUGCUGGAAGCAAAAUAGACCAAUGAAACGCGUAUCACGUGACGAGUCGAGUCGCCAUUAUUGUUAUGACAGAGCUAUCUCUAAAAUAAAUGAACAGUGUGUGUAACAUAUGCGAAUGCAUGAAAUACAAAAACCGUAAAUCGAAACGUAACGAAUCGAAUAUAAUAUAAUAUAAUAUAAAUACAGACGAAUAUACAGAAAUAUAAUAUACACGUAACGAACACAGAUUUCAGAGAUUCCGUUGAAAAGGAAAUGCCUGAAAUUUCCAUUCUAGUGGUAAAAGGGAAGUCUAGUGAAAUUAUUAAAGAGUCAGCCUUGUGUCAUAUAUAGCCACUUCAUGGCACAACAAGCAAUGUUCAGAGGCAACUACUUACGCGAAAUAUUCAUUGCAAUCGGAAUCUCGGAUCGUUUCUGUCGAGAGUAACGAACGGAAAGUGAAAUAGCCAAGACUGAAAGGGAUAUCUAUAUUGGCGAAAAACCUCCAUCAGUGUGUAAUGGAUAAUCCUACGUUAUUGGGGCGCCAAAAUUGUCUAAUAACGCUAAAAGUUCACUGUUUCUAAUUGAUUUAAUCGUUGUUGCGAUGAUUUAGAGCGAGCCCAUUGUAUUUAUACUUCCUCAGGGAGACUGAGAUCUAGAAAAAAAAGUGUUCAUUAGAGAAUCUAUAUGAAACAUCUUAAACAAUGAUCAUCAUUAACUUACAAGACAUCGUUUUAAAGGCAUAUGACUAAAGAUAUUUAUGGAAUCAAAAUGGCACGUAGGCGCAAAACUGAAAUGAAAGCAUCAGUGAAGUCGUCUGUUAAAUAUGUACCUGUCCGAAAAUCCAGUAGACAAAUAGCUAAAAAGCAAUUAGAAGAAAAGAAGAUUAAUGGAGAUAUUUUACAAAUAUCUUACUCAAACGAUGCAGAAGAUAGCAAAGGUACUGGAGAUGACCAAAAUCAGCCGCUUCCUAAAAAGAAUCAAAAUUCUUUAAGGAAACACAACAAACAUAAGAAUGUCCCUAAUAGUAAUAUACUUGUAAUUAACGAAGAAGGUGAAUAUUCAACGUCGCAAUAUAAAAAGGAUACUAGUGAAAGUGAUAGUCAAGAUGGAAUAGAUACUAUAAUUGAUCCUUCCGAAAAACUUAGUCCAGAGGAUGUCCAACAAGUAGUCGUUGGCAAUCCGAAUAAGGAUGAGGUGAUGGAAGCUGAUUCUACCGAACUUGAAAUAUGGUCAGAAGAUGUGAUAGAAGAAACCAUAAUUUGCGAAGAGAUGGAAGUUAAAGAAGAUGUUAAAGAUGAUAAUUAUAAUUUGAGGCAAGAGGACGAUAUGAUAGUGAAAGAAGUAUUAUUAGUAAGCAAUUCUCCAUUGAAGAGGAAAAAUUUUGUGGAAUAUACUGUGAUACAGAAUGAAGAUGGUACAGAGUCCAUGGUCGUAAAUACAUCUAAUUCAAAAAACACAUCUGACACCGAAUACUGCGCUAUGCAAAAGAAUAUAUGUAACUUGAACAGAGACGACGCGGAAAAUUCCAUAUCAGCAUUGUGUAUAGAUGUGCCAAUGACUUCUAGCGAUGCGAAUGUUAAAUCAUGUAAUUUAGAAAAGUUAUAUAUUCAUGAUAAGGAAGCAUCCAACGAUCAAAAAGACUUGCACGCAAAUAGAAAUGCGUGUAUAAACGAGUCAGAAGAAAUUCUCUGUAAAGAUGAUGCGUUUUGCAGAAUAGAUAAUAAAUUAGCGGAUAUGCAAAUUAGCGAAUCUUCGAAGGAAAUACAGAAGUUAGUGAACGAUUUAUCUAGUACAGAAAAUAUAACAUCUCCGCUACAGAUCGCUAGUGUUACAGAAAAAGAGAUUCCCAUGAGUAUCGACGAUGAAAGUAGUUCAUCGAUAUUGGAUAAAAUAGAACAGCUGCAUCAUCCUAACAGUUUCGUUUCUCUGCCCGAUAACAUUAACAAAAAUCUAAUAGAACCAAGCAAAUCCACUGCCCUGUAUGAUAAAACGGAAUCCGCCAAUCAAUCUUCGUUAAAAUCAAAAGUUAUACAAGACAAAAAGAUUGGAAAUCAGCGGAAAAACAUACAAUCCCAACAGGCUAACGAAUUACUAUAUGGCGACAGCGAAACGGAUAAUAAAAUCGAUGGCGAAGAUUCCAAAUUAUCUAGUAGCAGCGAUAACAGUAACGACACACUGUUAUCUCUGAACAAUUGUAAACUAACAGAGUUCGAAACAAAAUGUAACAGCGGUUCUAACGAUAUCGAUAAAAAAGUUGAGUUCAGAAGUCGAAGCGGUAGUACGGAUACAACAGGUUCAGAAAGUGGAUCGAACAGUUCCGGAGUCAGGAGGAGCAGUAGAAUCAGAUCGAUCGGAUUAAUGAAACAGAGAUCUCGUGGACGUGGUUUAGUCACGAAACCUAACAUAGAUGUAUCAAAAUCGAGUACUCAGCAAGAGCGAGAAAAGUUAUCUAAUAACGUUACUUCAACUGCCCAAGAGAUAAAAGUAGAGAAUCCGCCGGAACCGCAAUCGGACAAAGAGAAUAACGUCAGCAAAACUGCGAACACAUUCGACUCGUUGACACCGUUGACAACAACUUGCAACACUACCGGCUACGAUUCGGACUCCUGCAAGCCUGUUAAAGUGAAGUCUCGUUGGCGAAGAUCUAGCGAAUUAGAAAUGGGUGGGUCGAGUACAGGAUUCGGAUCCACAUCGGCAGCGAUCUGCCCUACAUUCGGCACUUUACCUCUAAAUGCCACUGAAUCUGGGCCGUUAAUGUUCAAAUCCGCACCCGGCUCUAUAAUAGACGUUAGUUCUUUGGAUCCUGGAUCAAGUUCUACGUUGCUAACGACAAAUAUUCAAUACAACGUAGAAAUAGAACAGACAAAGGAACCGUUGGUAGUAGCUAACACUGUUGCCGUGCAAAUUCCGAAAACUAUAGGCGCAAAGAUCUCGUUGUCCAUGGUUCCUGAAUUAGAAGAUAGAGAAAUGGAGGAGAGAUUGAGCCAGUUCGAAUAUUUACACGAGAAUUUAUAUUUAACCGAAAGGUAUACCAAUAAGGAAACCAAGCGUAUGGUGUGCGACUGCUUUUUAACCGAAGAGGAGAUCGAAAGGGGAGAGUUGGGCUGCGGAGAAGAUUGUCUUAAUAGACUUCUCAUGAUAGAAUGUGGACCCAGAUGCGUGGUCAGCGAUCGGUGCACGAACAAACGAUUUCAGAACUGUGAAUACGCGAAAUGCGAGGUAUUCAGAACAGAGAAAAAGGGUUUCGGGUUACGCGCCAUGGUCGAUCUGUCGGCGGGGGAAUUUAUAAUGGAAUAUGUAGGUGAAGUUGUUGAUCCAAAAGAUUUCCGACGUAGAGCAAAAGAGUAUUCGAAAGACAAGAACAAACAUUAUUAUUUCAUGGCGUUAAAGUCCGAUCAAAUUAUCGACGCCACCAUGAAAGGGAAUGUUUCUCGAUUUAUAAAUCACAGUUGCGACCCGAAUUCCGAGACGCAGAAAUGGACGGUGAACGGUGAAUUGAGAAUAGGAUUUUUUAAUAAGAAAUUUAUAGCCGCCGGCGAAGAGAUCACGUUCGAUUACCACUUCCAACGUUACGGUAAGGAGGCGCAGAAAUGUUACUGCGAGGCUCCCAAUUGCCGUGGUUGGAUCGGCGAAACGCCCGAGGAAGAAAAGGAGAAAACCGAAAAGAAAGAGAAACGCGAGAAGGACAUGAGGAAGAAGAAGGGAGAAAAGAAACAGACUGACUACAUGGAAGAUGAAGAUUUGGAAGAGGAAAUAGAUAAGCUGUGCUCGGGCGGUUUGAAGAACAGAGCUCACACGUUGACGUUAAGCAGGCUGAUGGUGCGUAGCAGAGAAUUAGAGCACAGGACCCGUCUACUUCGUCUCAUACAAAGCGGAGAGCAGCCGUGUAGAAGAUUAUUUCUGGACUAUCAUGGUUUACGUUUAAUUUGGAGUUACGUGAUGGACAUCUCGACAAACGACUCCGAGGAAGCGCAACAGUUCCGAUUAGAAGUUCUGAAGACUCUGAACACGCUUCCGAUUCCUAAUAAGACGAUGCUGAUGGACAGCAAGAUCUACAACGUGGUAGAGAAAUGGUCGAAACGAUUGUAUUUCUCACCGAACGGGGACUCCCCGGAGGACGACCAAGGAAAAUCAAAAUUAGGGCUCGAGGAAUUGCAGAUCGGUUACGAGGCGAAUGAAAAAAAAAGUUCCUAUCAGUUGACCGACAUAGAGAAGAACGAUAGUAAUAUGGAGAAUUGUAUAGCGAUCAACGACGUGAAGUCGGACGGCGCGGAUCAAAAUCUUAUUCCUGACCUAGCUUUAAACCUUCUGGCCGAGUGGUCGAACCUGAAGGAGGUUUUCCGAAUACCUAAGAAAGAGAGAAUCGAGCAAAUGAAAGAGCACGAAAGAGAGGCCGAUCGCGGGUACAGAGAAGAGUUAGAGAAGGAGGAGAAAAGGGGGACGUCGUACGACAGACACAGGUCCGACAGAUACGGCAGAAACGAAUCGGAGAAGCGCAGCGACCGAAGACGAGGACGAGAAUCUCCAGAGUCCGAGUACACUCGGACGAAAGACAAAAGAGUGGAAGAAAGAAGCAGCCUAGUUCCUAUCCCGCGAAUGACAAAGUACGAACGCAGACAAUUGUUCGCCAUGAAGGUCGCCAAGGAGGAGGAAGAACGGCAACGUCGUCAACAACAAGAAUCGUGGCAAGAUCACGAGAACAGAUGUUUAGCGUUAGGCAUAGAUCCUCAUACAACUGCUAUGGUGGAUCCUCAAACAGGGUACCCUGUGUUUUACAAUCCAUCGCUUGGCCAGUGGCAGCAUUAUCCUACUCAAGAGGGAGAGAUAAGUCAGCAAUGCACCCCGGUCUACGUAGGCGGUCCUCAGUCGGUGUCCGGGCAUUCUCAGUCGACGAUACCACCGCAAAAUUCGCAUGUCCUCCAGCCGUCGAUCUCUUCUGAAAUAUCGCCUGGCAUGACGAACAGCAUACCUUCCGGUGUGCCGCCAGUGGUGUACACGUUAAGCCAAACUCCUGUGUUCAAUCAAACCACAACAGCGUACUCGUUGCUACCUCAUUGUCACCAGCAAUAUCCGGAGAGUCAAUUGCCGUUGUCCAAUAGCUUAGUCCAUAGUGGAACGCCACCGGUAACCAUUCAAACUCAGCCCCUUUACGAGCACAUCGAGAAGCAAUCGGAUCAGCAGCAGUUCUCCGCGAAAUCGUUCAAGUCACCGCAGCCGGAAAUACCUGCCAUAGAUCUACCGCCUAAAUGGAAAAGUGCCACCGACGCUAGAGGCAGGACAUACUACUAUCACGUGAAGGAACGAGUGUCGCAAUGGUUGCCUCCGCCGCCGGAUCACAUCGGAGUGCAGCCGGACUCCUCCUCGUCUUCGGAGUCCAGCGAGGACUCCAGCUCGUCGAACGAGGACGACGAGGAUAUCGAGGACGACAACGUCGAGGAUCAGAAGCCCGAAGAGCUGGAAUUGAAUAAUACUUUGAUGGAGAAAUCGUUGAAUGGUUCCAAGCAUAAUACGUCUAAAAAGGUCACCGUUCACAACGUAGCUGGGAACACAGGGGCCUUCCCCGAAGGCAAGAAGAGACGGGAAGGGUUGGUUCAAGAGAGGAUCAUCAGUCCGCGUAGAGAAGAGGAUCGUAUAGAUCACAAAACGCACAAAGGGAUCAAGGAGAAGUUACGCCGUCAGAAGGAGAGGGCUAAAUUCAAGGAGCACGUCGACAAGAUACGGAGACAUCGGCGUAGCAACAAAUCGAAGUCGCAUUCGCGUCACGGCUUAAAUAAAUUGCAGUCACCCUCGACGGAUCUGUCGACGAUGUCCGAAAGAAAGAUCAAAGACACCUUUAGGAUAAACAUGGCGAACGUGAUGGUACAUUUUCUGAACCCGUACAGAAAGAACGACUGCAAACAAGGUAGAAUAACCAAUACCGAGGAUUUUAAACAUCUCGCGAGAAAGCUUACACAUUUUGUACUUGCUAAAGAGUUAAAGCAUUGUAAGAGCGUCGACGAGUUACAAUGCAACGAGAACGUUAAACAUAAAGCUAAAGAUUUUGUACGUAAGUAUAUGAGUAAAUUCGGUGCAGUAUACCAGAAAAGUACAGACGACGACUAAUUAUGUAACUUAUAAUGUGAAAUUGUUAUUUAUUACAUGAAUCUUUUACCUUGAACAUUGUAAUAUAUCUAGUAGAAAUAUAUGGAAACUAAUGCCCAUAUGUAGAUAUAUUUGUAAUUAUUAUUAUUGUAAUAUAGGUAAAUUUGUACAUGCUUCAGAAACAUUCUGAUAAUUUAGCCAUUAAGGGAUUAAUUAAAUUUCGAACUGUACGCAUUCAAUGUAUAAACAUGAUCAUUUUUAUU